CUCGCAAUACUAAAGUGCAAUUCUACAUUUGACGUGUUUUCUAAUGAGCCACAACAGACUCGCUCACUUAUCGUGUGUGAACGGGUUGUGUGGACACGUGGCAUGGAUAUGGACAUUCACAUGCACAACACCUCGAUGAACGGGUCUCUGAUGCCCCACGAGGGCGAUCUUGGAAACGGGUUGAUCCUGCUCGUUGUCAAGACGGCGGUGAUGGUGGCGGUGAUGUUGAGUGCCGUUCUGGGUAACUUCCUGGUGAUCAUGAGUGUGAUUAAAUUCGAGAAAUUAAGGGCCACUGUGACUAAUUACUUCAUCCUGUCCCUGGCUGCUGCCGAUCUCCUGGUGGCUGUUGUCGUCAUGCCGUUCAACGCCAGCAUGGAAAUCACCGACAAAUGGAUCUUUGGCAGGACUAUGUGUGACAUUUUUAAUUCAAACGAUGUUUUGUUUAGCACGGCGUCCAUUUUACAUCUGUGCUGUAUAAGCGUGGAUCGUUAUAUUGCUAUAAUGAAUCCCCUUCACUAUGAAACUAAACUCACCAAACGGAGAGUAGCUUUGAUGAUUGCUGUCACGUGGAUUUCCUCUCUCUUGAUAUCGUAUAUUCCCAUCCAUUCUCAAUUUUACACGACGGUUGAAAAUCUACAGGAACUUCGUGUUAAUCCCGACUCGUGUAAGUUCGUGGUAAACCGGAUAUACGCAGUUGUGUCGUCAUCAGUCUCCUUCUGGGUACCAUGUACAAUCAUGGUGUUCGUUUAUUUUCGUAUUUUCAAAGAGGCAAGAAAACAAGAGAAAUAUAUCCGAUCUGCUAGUGUGUGUUCAACUGAACUAACAAGCAACGGCGACCAGCUGAUUCCCGGGAGUAAGAGUUCUCGUGAUAUGUCGGAAAGGAAGAGACUAAAACGAGAACACAAGGCAGCCAAGACAUUAGGUAUUAUAAUGGGUGGGUUUAUUUUAUGUUUUUGCCCUUUUUUCUCCUGGUAUUUGAUCACGAGUUUAUGCAGAGAAAAAUGUCAAUACCCUCCGUUGUUAGGGACAAUCCUUUUCUGGGUGGGCUAUUUUAAUUCCUGUCUUAACCCCAUUAUCUAUGCAUAUUGCAAUCGAGAGUUUAGACAAGCGUUUAAAAAACUGCUGAAUUGGGCUCAUUGUUCUGACUUGAACCAAAACUCCAAGUAUUGCGCACGAAAGCGCUCUAAUAGUAGUUCUAACAAUAGUAAGAACGAGGAAUAUGUCCAAAUGGUUUACGUGAAAAAAGAAUGCAAUUUGUGUGGCACUAAUGUCUGACUGGUAACUCGGUACUAACUUACUGUCGGUGUAUUACUCCGACAGGCUAGUUCUCAAUCAACAAGCUAUGAACGCUAUCUAUAGCAAUAUAUACACCUUUUUUUUCGUUUCGUCAUGGACUUCGUUUCCAAUUACGUUAUAUAAUUGACACUAUAUUUAAUUAAAAGGACAAACGAACCUAGUCGAGUUUAAAUUUGUGUUCGAGACUUACUGGGAUUUUAUGAAAAUCAAAACUUUUGUUUCAAUAUCAAAUUUCAUGUGAUUGCUCAAUGCUAUUCUAAUCUAUUCGUGGUCCUACACUGGAAAGCGUGUGAAUGUACUUGUGUCUUGUCGGUGAUAUAGUUAGCUGGUCUUGCAUUCCGAAAAUAGACAAUAGACUGAAUAGUUUAGGUGCAAUUGAUAAGUUUAAUGUUCUCUGUUGUUUAAUGUAUAUUUUGUCUUGUGUUAACCUGAUUAUAUUUUUUCAACGAUGACUUAGAGUGUAGCGUAGAGUAAUGUAUGUAGAAUCGUGUAAACCAAUACAAAUAACCGCUGAUAUUUUCCAUUGUCCUACUUAUGCAUGUAAUAUUCUACUAAAAUCUCAUCCGACACAUUCCCUGACCCUAACUGACCCGUACAGUGAAGGACAUGUACACAAAGAUUGGUUAAUUCAUUCUUGAGGCAAAAUUAAAAUACUCAUUGUUGUUUUCUUUACAGUUAUAGAUAUCGCUGAUUCAUGUUCUAAAAUAUCUUAACUUUAAAUAUGAAGGUUAAUUUGUGUUUUGAAAUUCAAACCCAGAAGGAAAAGAUUCAAUAUCACGUA